AUGUUUGACCAAUCACUCGAAUGUAUCACUCAAAAUAGUGAAGUUGACUUGAACCAAAGUGUGGUGUUUAGCCGCGAUCCUACGAAUAAGGGAGGAUAUUUAAAGGCAUGGACUACUCUCAAAUCAAUUUCCUUGCCCAAUUCCCUCCCCGAAGUAAACCGAGGUGGUCAAGUCCUCACUCCACCUAUUACUUUUUGCUUCACAGCAAGAAACCUCAAUUCAUCCAACAUGACGACCUUCAUUCCCAGCUUAACGCUGCCGGCAUCCAUAUUUGCCAACCCAACUGCUUCAAUUCUCCUCCCAGUUACUCUUGGUACCGCUGUUGGUUUCGCAGUUAGCCCAAAAAAGACGCAAAAAACCUACAUGGCACUCAAACAACCUCCCUACCGUCCACCUCCAUAUAUCUUCGGUCCCGCCUGGACUCUUCUCUAUGGUCUCAUGGGAUUCUCUGCUUACCGCGCAUACUCUACCGGAAUGAACCCUCUCGCUUCUACUGAAAAACAUCUCCUCACCAAACAAGGCGCUACACUCUACACAAUUCAACUCGGCCUAAACCUAAUCUGGACACCCCUCUUCUUCAAGCUCAAGCGCCCCGUCCUCGCCACCGUUGACAUUGUCACUCUCACCGGCGUCGUCUCUUACCUCACCUACACCUGGAGCAAAGUCGACUCAGUUGCCGCAUGGGCACUCGCUCCCUACCUCGGCUGGCUCGGAUUCGCUACCUAUUUAUGCGCCGGAGUUGGUUACUUGAACGACUGGGACAUCAGCGACAAAGAGGUGAAGAAGAGUCCCGAGGGAAAGGACACAAAAUACGUAGAUGAGAAGGAGGAAUAA